AUGUACGCACCACGCAGUUAUUCACAAGCAUCCCAGGUUUGCGAUCCAGACAUUCAAAGGAAGUACGAGGAGCUCGGAGUUGUAGCAGGACCCGACAGAAGCAUGGAUGAGGAACAAGAAAGGGAGGUAGUCCACGAGGUAGAGAGAGAACGUCAAGUUCAAAGACCGCCCAGGGUAAAACCUGCAGCUCAAGACCUGCAUGAGGACGUUCGUCGAUUCGUCAGGACAGGCCGAGUUCCCAAGGGGUCUUCUGCAUUCAUUCCAGCGCUAUCCUGCCUUGCCAACACUACUGCUGCAUUUCACGAACGUGAUCAGUGGGCACGCAACCUCUUUGUCACCCAUGACUUCGCUCGCACAGUGGGCCUCUCUCUUGUACAGAACGCAGAAGAUUAUCUCCGGCCCGUCAAUUGGAUCGUAUCCAGUAGCAUCGGAGUGCUAGUAGUCAUGAGCCCGAACGAAGUGAACACACUACUGCCUCGUAUCCGCAAAAGCAAAGUAGUUCACUUGUGCGUUUAUACUCCUCGCACCACACAAACGAUGCAGGCGUGUGAUGACCUUCGCCUCUACUGUGUUCCUUCGGCACCACAGCUGACACCAUCGGAAUCGCUGAUUUGCCAGCUCAACCUUUUUGCCGGCCAACUCUAUUUCUCCAGUUAUGAAAUGUAUAUCCGCACUUGCAGUUUCUUAGGGCUCAACGCACCGGAUCUAGGGGACAAGGAGUUGAUAGCCGACAGCGACGGGUUCAUCAGGGAGGAGAAUCGCCCUUCUGCGAGAGCAUCGUGCUCGUUCAAGCGAUCCCAGCUUCCUCCACUGAAGGAGUUGUUCGGAAUGAGGAGGAAAGGCGUGAGGUAUUCUCCAACUCAUCUCGGAAAGAUGCUCAAUGGCCGAAUUCUGACUGAGGAGGAUUUUCUCGACUUUAGUUCUGGGUCUAUUUAG